AUGCAGCAAUAUGCGAUUGGGCAGGAGCUGUUCAGCCGUCCAGAAUCGGAAAAGCUUCAGUAUCGUGCCGGGCUGGAAUCAGGAAACUACAGCGGGUACCGUCCUCUCGGUGCAAUUGAGACUUUUCCUGGAAUGCUAGACAAUGUCGAAUCAUACAGCGUCUUCAAAUUCCUCCCUGACUUCAAACGCGUUCAUCCCGAUGUCAUUGAACGUUACUCCCACGAGAUCGAGAACUUCUCCCGCUACGUCCACGAAAACAUUGUUCACAAGCUCCUACUCCUAGUAGCGGUUAUGCUCGAGCUUCCAGAGAACUACUUCGUGGACGCACACAAGUACGAGGAGCACAGCGGUUGCCACCUACGAUACAUGAAUUACAGGGCUCGCAGCCCCGAGGAAAACGCCAAAUUUCAAAACUUAUACUCCCACAGUCAUACCGACUUUGGUACGCUGACACUACUUUUCCGUCAGCCCGUGGCUGCAUUGCAGGUGCAGACCCCGGACGGGCAAUGGAAAUAUGUCAAGCCAUACCCGGGAAGUAUAACUGUGAAUAUCGCCGAUACCCUGGAGCGAUGGACGAACGGAUUCUUGCCAAGCAGCGUUCACCGGGUGGUUGCGCCGCCUCCAGACCAGGCACACAUUGAUAGAUUAGGCCUCAUGUACUUUGUUCGCCCACCAGACAACCUCCAUUUAGCAACCGUGGAUAGUCCAGUGCUUCGACGGGAGGGCUUCAAGCGGGAUGACAAUGAGAACGACGAGGCUAUUACCGCUGGGGAAUGGUUGAAGGAUCGGGUGAAAGGAAUCUGGGUGAAGCCUGUGGUAGAUUGA